CCUCCAGGUGCCGUGCCCGACUUUGACCAUCCCGAAGAUGUCUUCUACACGCUCAAUGUGGCCAUGGUUUCUAUAUGUGUCUCCUUUGUCAUUGUAUUCUACGGUAUUCGGUUAUAUGUCAAGCGCACCAUUACCCACAAGCUAUUGACAGAGGACUGUAAGUGCUGUCAUCACGAUAUUGAUUGGUUCUACGCAAGUACCGUCGUCUACUGUCCCGCCGCCUUCUUCACAAAAACCACCAUCCUCCUCCUCAUGGCACGAGUCUUUGCGAUCGAACGAAGAGUCUCCAAAGGCAUCAAGAUAUUCAUAUGGGGUCUUCUCUUGGCCUACAUACCCAUAGAGUUCCUACGAAUAUUCACCUGCUUCCCGAUUCGUACAUAUUGGGAUCCUUCAGUUAGGAAUGCUCAUUGCCUCAACCAGCGCAAGAUCUUUUUCUCGAGCUUGUCCGUGUCCAUCGUCACCGACUUGAUCAUCUUGAUCGUUCCGAUACCGUUGACUUGGAAGCUACGCAUGCCGUUGCGCAAAAAAAUCAAGAUUGUUUUGUUGCUGGGAGCUGGAGGAGUGGCUACUGCUUUGACCAUGUUUCGAACGUAUAAGGCGGUUCAGUUUGUCGACUCAGACGACAUAACAGUCGAUUACACUCCCAUUGAUAUUUUAACUGCCCUCGAAAUCACCAUCGGCUUCGUCUGCGCUUGUCUCCCAUCCCUUAACCUCCUAAUCGAACACAAUAUCCGCAAACGCCGUCGUGAGAAGCAAAACCCCAAGUGGCCACGCCAAAGAAAUGCACUCUCCUCAAUAAAGAGA